AUAUAAAAUCCACAGAAGAAGAAGCCAUCCCCAAAAUUAACGAACGUUUACCAAAAAAUCUGUAGCUAUAAGAGUGACAGAAUUAGCUAAUAAACUUAUUUUAUACAAAUCAAGGACUGUCUGUUCUCAGUACAAAACAUAAGAAGCAACUCUUGAAAUAGCGUUAUCCGCGUCAGAGGAGGAAAAACGUGUCUGUUUCAUCAGCUCGAGAAAGAUAACGUUACAUGGUAGUUAGCUAGUGUAGCUACAUUAGUUGUCAACAAUAAUCCGCCUGGCAUUUAUUAGGUUAGCUGCCUAGAAAGUUUAAUCUGUUCAAAGGUGUCAUCAGGCCUGCUUCCUGCUUUUGUUGUGUCGACUUGUUUGACAGAAUGGACAAAGAUGGUGAGUUGAAGUCUUAUUGAUGAACUUGAUGAGUAGACAUACUAGACCCAUAUGGCCAUAGAUUCCUGCAUUGUCUUGCCUGCCCUACAGUUGCUUUCAUGGGGGUUGUUUCCAUACGUGCACAACACUAUCCAUACAACUCUAAAUAAAGGAUAAGAUUUUGAGUGAGAGUGUAAUCAAGUAUAAUGUGUUUCCAUUUGACUUUGACUUGCCCAUGGCCAUUUCCUUUCAGAGCUGGUGGAGUACUUCAGGACACAAGUGAGACAGGACCCUGAGGUGCCCUCUGCUGUGGCAGCUAUCCGCACUCUCCUGGAGUUCCUCAAAAGAGACCAAAGUCAGAUGUCUUUUAAAUAACUUUUCUAUCCUCCACUUGUUAUACUGAUAUCUAGUGAAUCAGAAGGCACAUCUUUUGUCUGAUGGUUACUGAAUUCAAGAUAUUUUCCUCAUCACUGCUGAAGAGUUUUUUAAUUAGUAAGUUAUUAGCAAACAGACAAGUUGUGGUAUUGAUUGGCUGAUGCUUUAUGUCCCUGAGCAGGUGAGACCAUCCUGGGCCUGAGAGAGAACCUGACCCAGACCAUUGGGCGUCUGGAGGAGGCUGACUCCUCUGUGGCUGUCUCGUCUGGUGGUGAACUGUUCCUUCGCUUCAUCAGCCUCACGUCGCUGGAGCACCCUGUGAGUAGAGGGCCCUCACCUAUCCUCCUUGCUGCAACGCCAAGGCUACUCUUAUACACUCAGAGCCCACUUUAAAGUGAUUUUACAUGUAUUCAAUACGUGAGUAGCUUGAGUUGUCCAACGUAACAUCAUGAUUUAAGAUGUCAUUUUCAGAAAUAUGAAGAGUUUUCUUUAUCCCCCAAACAGGAUCUUUCUCAAUGCAAGAAAGUGAUGGUAGAGAGAGGAGAGCUCUUUCUUAAGAAAAUCUCCCUUUCCAGGAGUAAAGUAGCAAAACUCUGCCAUACCUUUAUCAAGGAUGGAGCUGUAAGUAUUUGUAUUGAAUUUUGUUUAAUGAAGAUUCCAAAACCCGCUCCACUGGGACACUCAUGGUGAUACUGCCUCUGACAAACACUGUUCCCUAUUGUCAUUCACAGAAAAUACUGACACACUCCUCCUCCCGGGUGGUUCUUAAGGUACUGGAGAGUGCAGCAGCCGACAAGAAACGCUUACAUUUACAUUUACAUUUUAGUCAUUUAGCAGACGCUCUUAACCAGAGCGACUUACAGGAGCAAUUAGGGUUAAGUGCCUUGCUCAAGGGCACAUUAACGUCAUUUAGCAGACGCUCUUAGCCAGAGCGACUCACAAAUUGGUGCGUUCACCCUAUAGCCAGUGGGAUAACCACUUUACAAUUUGGGGGGGGGGGGGGGGGUUAGAAGGAAUACUUUAUCCUAUCCCAGGUAUUCCUUAAAGAGGUGGGGUUUCAAAUGUCUCCGGAAGGUGGUGAGUGACUCCGCUGUCCUGGCGUCGUGAGGGAGCUUGUUCCACCAUUGGGGUGCCAGAGCAGCGAACAGUUUUGACUGGGCUGAGCGGGAGCUGUGCUUCCGCAGAGGAAGGGGAGCCAGCAGGCCAGAGGUGGAUGAACGCAAUGUCCUCGUUUGGGUGUAGGGACUGAUCAGACCCUGAAGGUACAGAGGUGCCGUUCCCCUCACUGCUCCAUAGGCAAGCACCAUGGUCUUGUAGCGGAUGCGAGCUUCAACUGGAAGCCAGUGGAGUGUGCGGAGGAGGGGGGUGACGUGAGAGAACUUGGGAAGGUUGAACACCAGACGGGCUGCGGCAUUCUGGAUGAGUUGUAGGGGUUUAAUGGCACAGGCAGGGAGCCCAGCCAACAGCGAGUUGCAGUAGUCCAGACGGGAGAUGACAAGUGCCUGGACCAGGACCUGCGCCGCUUCCUGUGUAAGGCAGGGUCGCACUCUCCGAAUGUUGUAGAGCAUGAACCUGCAGGAGCGGGUCACCGCCUUGAUGUUGGCGGAGAACGACAGGGUGUUGUCCAGGGUCACGCCUAGGCUCUUCGCACUCUGGGAGGAGGACACAGCGGAGUUGUCAACCGUGAUGGCGAGAUCAUGGAACGGGCAGUCCUUCCCCGGGAGGAAGAGCAGCUCCGUCUUGCCAGGGUUCAGCUUGAGGUGGUGAUCCGUCAUCCAUACUGAUAUGUCUGCCAGACAUGCAGAGAUGCGAUUCGCCACCUGGUUAUCAGAAGGGGGAAAGGAGAAGAUUAGUUGUGUAUCGUCAGCGUAGCAAUGAUAGGAGAGACCAUGUGAGGAUAUGACAGAGCCAAGUGACUUGGUGUAUAGGGAGAAAAGGAGAGGGCCCAGAACCGAUCCCUGGGGGACACCAGUGGUGAGAGCACGUGGUGCGGAGACAGCUUCCCGCCACGCCACUUGGUAGGAGCGACCGGUCAGGUAGGACGCAAUCCAGGAGUGAGCCGCGCCGGAGAUGCCCAUCUCGGAGAGGGUGGAGAGGAGGAUCUGAUGGUUCACAGUAUCAAAGGCAGCAGACAGGUCUAGAAGGACAAGAGCAGAGGAGAGAGAGUUAGCUUUAGCAGUGCGGAGAGUCUCCGUGACACAGAGAAGAGCAGUCUCAGUUGAAUGACCAGUCCUGAAACCUGAUUGGUUUGGAUCAAGAAGGUCAUUCUGAGAGAGAUAGCAAGAGAGUUGGCUAAAGACGGCACGCUCAAUAGUUUUGGAAAGAAAAGAAAGAAGGGAUACUGGUCUGUAGUUGUUGACAUCAGUGGGGUCGAGUGUUGGUUUUUUGAGGAGGGGAGCAACUCUCGCUCUCUUGAAGACGGAAGGGACAUGGCCAGCGGUCAAGGAUGAGUUGAUCAGCGAGGUGAGGUAGGGGAGAAGGUCACCGGAGAUGGUCUGGAGAAGGGAGGAGGGGAUGGGGUCAAGCGGGCAGGUUGUUGGGCGGCCUGCAGUCACAAGUCGCAGGAUUUUAUCUGGAGAGAGAGGGGAGAAAGAAGUCAAAGCAUAGGGUAGGGCAGUGUGAGCAGGACCAGCAGUGUUAUUAGACUUAACAAACGAGGAUCGGAUGUCGUCAACCUUCUUUUCAAAGUGGUUGACGAAGUCAUCCACAGAGAGAGAGGAGGUGGGGGGGGGGGGGGAGGAGGAUUCAGGAGGGAGGAAAAUGUGGCAAAGAGCUUCCUAGGGUUAGAGGCAGAUGCUUGGAAUUUAGAGUGGUAGAAGGUGGCCUUAGCAGCAGAAACAGAUGAAGAAAAUGUAGAGAGGAGGGAGUGAAAAGAUGCCAGGUCGGUAGGGAGUUUAGUUUUCUUCCAUUUCCUCUCCGCUGCCCGGAGCUCUGUUCUGUGAGCUCGCAGUGAGUCAUCAAGCCACGGAGCUGGGGGGGAGGACCGAGCCGGCCGGGAGGAUAGGGGACACAGAGAGUCAAAGGAUGCAGAAAGGGAGGAGAGGAGGGUUGAGGAGGCAGAAUCAGGAGAUUGGAGGGAGAAGGAUUGAGCAGAGGGAAGAGAUGAUAGGAUGGAAGAGGAGAGAGUAGUGGGAGAGAGAGAGCGAAGGUUGCGGCGGCGCAUUACCAUCUGUGUAGGGGCAGAGUGAGUAGUGUGGGAGGAGAGCGAGAGAGAAAAGGAAACAAAGUAGUGGUCGGAGACUUGGAGGGGAGUUGCAGUGAGAUUAGUAGAGGAGCAGCAUCUGGUGAAGAUGAGGUCAAGCGUAUUGCCUGCCUUGUGAGUAGGGGGGGACGGUGAGAGGGUGAGGUCAAAAGAGGAGAGGAGUGGAAAGAAGGAGGCAGAGAGAAAUGAGUCAAACGUGGACAUAGGGAGGUUGAAAUCCCCCAAAACUGUGAGGGGUGAGCCAUCCUCAGGAAAGGAACUUAUCAAGGCGUCAAGCUCGUUAAUGAACUCUCCAAGGGAACCUGGAGGGCGAUAGAUGACAAGGAUAUUAAGCUUAAAUGGGUUAGUGACUGUGACAGCAUGGAAUUCAAAUGAGGAGAUAGACAGAUGGGUUAGGGGAAAAAUUGAGAAUGUCCACUUGGGAGAGAUGAGGAUUCCUGUACCACCACCCCUCUGACCAGAUGCUCUCGGGGUAUGCGAGAACACAUGGUCAGACGAGGAGAGAGCAGUAGGAGUAGCCGUGUUUUCAGUGGUGAUCCAUGUUUCCGUCAGCGCCAGGAAGUCGAGGGACUGGAGGUUGGCAUAGGCUGGGAUGAAGUCAGCUUUGUUGGCAGCAGAACGGCAGUUCCAGAGGCUGCCUGCGACCUGGAACUCCAGGUGAGGGGUGCGAGCAGGGACCACCAGGUUGGAGAGGCAGCAGCCGCGCGGUGUUGUGCGUUGUUUGUGUAGCCUGCGCAGAGAGGAGAGAACAGGGAUAGGCAGAGGCAUAGUUGACAGGCUGUAGCAAAUGGCUACAAAAAUGCAGAGGAGAUCGGAAUGAAAUGAGCUAAGCAUCUGGGAGAGGAGAGAGGGGGGCCUCCCUCACCAAAAACUUCUACCUCAGAAACUAAAAUUGUUUCACUGAACAGUUGUUCAAUGUUUAAAGGAAUAAACUCAAACCCACUUUAUUCAGCUAGCCAACUAUGACACCAUAGCUGACUAGCAUGCUAGCAUCCAAUAACACACAGUUUAACACACAGUUAAGCACAAAUACUCACAACAAACCACCAAUAGUGUGUUAACUAGCUAACCAGCAUGCCAGCAUCCAGUAACACACAGCCAAGCACAAACACUUGGUCACAGCAAACCACCAAUAGUGUGAUAACACACUAAACAGAUCAUUCGUGUCUGUGUCAAGUUCCUUUCAUGGCGCAGCAAUGAUUCAACAUUGGCUAGCUAGGACAAGUCUAUGUCACUGAGUCUACACACAGGACAAGACUAUGUCAGGACAAGACUAUGAGUCUACACACAGGACAAGACUAUGUCACUGAGUCUAUGUCGCUUCACUGUCUAUGUCACUGAGUCACAACCAGACUCUGCAGGGUGUGUGGUCAACACAAACACAUGCAUAUGUCAAACUAAGUAAGUAAGUAAGCCCUAAAGAAGAACUUGAAAGACUAUUCAUGUGUACUCUUGUCUCUUUCCAGACAAAAAAUGGCUGACAAAUUACGGAAACUAAACAUUCCGGUCACAGUGGUUCUUGAUGCUGCAGUGGGGUAAAUGUCUAAAUCAUUUCAGUUGAUACAUGAAAUGAUUACAUAAAUCAGAUAGCCUAGCUCAAUCACACCAUGUUUCUUCGAAAGACCAUAUACAGUGCCUUCAGAAAGUAUUUAUACCUCUUGACUUAUUCCACAUUUUUGUUGUUAGUCUGAAUUACAUUGAAAUUGUUUCUCACCCAUCUACACACAAUACCAGAUAAUGACAAAGUGAAAACAUGUUUGCUAAUUUAUUUAAUUAAAUACAGAAAUAUCUCAUUUACAUAAGUAUUCACACCCCUUUACUAUGACACUCCAAAUUGAGCUCGGGUGCAUCCAAUUGCCUUUGAUCAUCCUUGCGAUGUCACUCCAACUUGAUUGGAAUACACCUGUGGCCAAUUCAAUUGUUUGGACAUGAUUUAGAAAGAAACACCUGUCUAUAUAAUGUCCCACAGUUGACAGUGCAUGUCAGAGCAGAAACUAUACCAUGAAGUCCAAGGAACUGUCCAUAGAUCUCUGAGAGAGAAUUGUGAUGAGGCAUAUAUCUGGGGAAGGGUAUAAAACAAUUUCUAUAGUGUUAAAGGUUUCCAAGAGCACAGUGGUCUCCAUAAUUCUGAAAUGGAAAAAAUAUGGAACUACCCAGAGCUGGCCGUCCGCCCAAACUGGGCAAGUAGGACCUUGGUCAGGGAGGUAACCAAGAACCCAAUGACCACUCUGACAGAACUACAGAGUUCAUUGGCUGAGAUGGGAGAACCUGCCAGAACAGUCUCUACAGCAGUUCACCAAUCUGGGCUUUAUUGGAGAGUGGCCAGACGGAAGCCAAUCCUGAGGAAAAAGGCACGUGACAGCACGCCUGGAGUUUGCAAAAAGGCACAUGAAAGACCGAUCAUAAGGAAAACGAUUCUGUGGUCUAAUGAGACAAAAAUUGAAUUUUUUUGCCUGAAUGCAAAGCGCUAUGUCUGGAGAAAACCAGGCACAGCUCAUCACCUGUCUAACACCAUCCCUACCUUGAAGCAUGGUGGUGGCAGCAACAUGCUAUGGGGAUGCUUUUCAGCGGCAUGGACUGGGAGACUGGUAAGGAUAGAGGGAACAAUGAAGGGGGCAAAAUACAGGAAAAUCCUUGAUGAUAAUCUGCUUCAGCAUACAAACGACCUUAGACUGAGGCGAAUAUUUGCAUUCUAACAGGACAAUGACCCCAAGCAUACGGCCAAAGCAACGCUGGAAUGACUUCAGAACAAGAAUGUGAAAUUCCUUGAGUGGCCCAGCCACAGUAGCCUACUUGGCCACUGUUAAAAGUAACUUAAAGCGGGUACAGCCUCAGUGUUAACAGAAUUUUCACAAAGUUGAAGUUUGCGCUCAGCAGACCUGAAAUUUGCUUAGUGUUGAAAAAAAUGUGAGGGAACAUUGCUUAUGUACAUUGAACAAAUGUGCUGAGGAGUAUUUCUGUCUGUAAUAAAGCCCUUUUGUGGGCGGAAAAUGAAUUCUGAUUGGCUGAGCCUGGCUCCCCAGUCGUGAAAUUCAUAGAUCAAGGCCUAAUUUAUUUAUUUAAAUUGACUGAUUUCCUUAUAGGAAUUGUAACUCAGUAAAAUAUUUGAAAUUGUUGUGUUUAUAUUUUUGUUCAGUAUGAGAGAUUUCUGUAUUUCAUAUUCAUAAAUUUGCUAACAUUUCGAAAAAUAUUUUCACCUUGUCAUUAUGGGGUAUUGUGUGUGUGUGUGGAUGGGUGAGAUAAUCUAUUUUGAAUUCAGGCUGUAACACUGGAAUAAAUCAAGGGGUAUGAAUACUUUCUGAAGGUACUGUAAAUACCCUAUGUUUUAUCUAUACCCACCUUUUGGAUUUGCACAGGUAGCCUAAAUUAACGAAGCAGUCAGUGAAAUCUGUAUUUUAUUACAGUACUGAAAAUGUUUUUUGUUAAAGGUAUAUCAUGGAAAAGGUGGACCUGGUGAUAGUGGGUGCAGAGGGAGUGGUGGAAAGUGGCGGCAUUAUCAAUAAGGUAUAUUAUGAAUUGGAUAACACACCAUUCAGACACAUUCUGGACAGUCUUAUGUUAAUGUCCUUGGAUGUUACCAUUUACAACACAUAGCGUUUUACCCUAUAUUCUGCAUGCAAUUCACAUGACAGAUUGGCACCUAUCAACUGGCUGUGUGCUCCAAGGCUCACAACAAGCCUUUCUACGUUGUGGCAGAAAGCUUCAAAUUCGUCCGACUCUACCCUCUAAAUCAGCAAGAUGUCCCAGAACGAUUUAAGGUAAUAGCACCAAAAUAUGUUAAUUUGACUGUAUAGUGAUAAUGCUGUAGUUAUUUGAUGUCCUAACUAGUGGUUUCACUUUGCUCUCUGUAUCUCCAGUAUAAAGCAGACACACUGAAGGCAGUGGAAGACCUAGCAGAAGAACACCCCAUGAUUGACUACACACCGCCAUCGCUGAUUACUCUUCUUUUCACAGACCUGGGGGUUCUCACUCCUUCAGCAGUCAGUGAUGAACUUAUUAAGCUGUACUUGUAAACCACCACUAGAAUACUGACAAUAAACACCAUCAAAUGGAUGAACUUGAUGCAGAUAUGAACAAGUGAAGUCACCGUUCAAUACGCAUAUCAUUAAUAAUGUCAAUUCCCCCAGUGAAUCUGCCUUAAACAAACCAAUAACACUUCUCUGGUGUGUGACUAUUUACCCCCUACUUGUUUUACUGGAGUUUGAAAGGUUCUUCAGACCCAUACCAGACUGUAAAAACCAGCAAUCAUACCGGCAUACUGUAUUAGUAACUUAUUGCAAAUUAGAAGUAAUCAAUCUCAAAAGGAAAAGGAGACUCUUCUUUUUAUUAUUAUGAACAGGACUUGGGUCAUAAGUUGGUCAUCCAUAGUUUAACUUCUCUGAAAGUUUGUCUGAGCUCCAUCUCAUGUGCGUUGGCUCAGAUAAGUUAUUCACCCCAUUAUGUGACCAUUGUCAUCCUCUGUACCCCAAAUAACACAAACAUCCCUUGAACAUAAAUACAAACUAGGAAGGAAUCUGUACGAAACUGUCCUCAUUUGAUAAAUAGAAAUGCUCAAGUGACUUCUUCAAACUGGCAACAGCUCAGAUCCCAUACCAAGGCUUUUUUGUACUGCCCUUGCCCCAAAAUGUAGAAUCAUUACUACAAAAUAUGCCAUUACUUUGUACUUUCCCCAUUAAAUAUGCAUUGUGCGUACUGUGACUGAUUGGCACGGGAAGUGUUAAAAAAAGUGUACAUCAAGCGGAACAGUUGUCUAAAUAAACACAUUUAAAAAGAAUAACAUAUCAAAUACAACACUGGGCUUGGAAUGAUGUGUCCAGUGUGGCUCAGUUGGUAGAGCAUG